AUGUUCACUUGUCGACAAUUAAACAGUAUUGUACCUGAAUUAAGAUCACCCUUGUUUUCAAAAGCGCAACGUUUUUUAACUUCACAUACUAUAGCAAAUUCAAAGGGAACUAUCAAAACAACAGAUUACAAAUUACAUACAGAUGAUAUUCCCUCAAAUGCUACAAUAUUUAGUAUGAUCCAACCCACGGGUCAAUUUCACCUGGGUAAUUAUCUAGGUGCAGUGAGGGUUUGGAAGGAUUUAUGUGAUUUGAAAUCAUCUAAUAAUAAGAAUGAUGUGAAAUUAUUAUUUGGUGCUGCUGAUCUGCAUGCGAUCACUAUACCUAAGCCUGAUGCUAAAUCUUUUAAAAAAACCCGAUUAGAGGCUAUUGCAAGUUUAUUGUCUAUUGGUAUUGACCCCAAAAAGGCCAUUAUUUUUACUCAAUCAGGUAUCAAGCAGCAUGCAGAAUUGCAUUGGAUACUAUCGACAUUUGCCUCGAUGGGAACUCUAAAUAGAAUGACACAAUGGAAGUCUAAAGCAGCCACAAAUGAUCUGAAUAAUGUUAAAUUGGGUUUGUUUUCAUACCCUGUCUUACAGGCAGCAGAUAUCUUAAUUUAUAAAGCCACGCAUGUCCCUGUGGGAGACGAUCAAGCUCAGCAUUUAGAGUGCACAAGAACACUAGCAGGGCUUUUUAAUAAUUGUUAUAAAACAAAUUUGUUCCCAUUACCCAAAACUAUGUUGGCUCCAACCAAAAAAAUCUUAAGUUUGUCAAAUGUCGAAAAGAAGAUGUCGAAAUCUGAUCCCAAUCAAAAUAGUUUAAUAUAUUUAAACGAUCCUCCAGAAAGUAUUCAACGUAAAAUCAAGAAAGCUGUAACUGAUUCUAUAACGGACCAUUUUAAUUACGAUCCAAUAGAAAGACCAGGUUUGAGUAAUCUAACUAAUAUGAUUAGUGGUGUGCAACGUAAAUCCAUACAGGAUGUAGAAAAGGAUUUUUCCCGAUUCAACAAUUAUAGGGACCUCAAAUCUUAUAUUGCUGAUAUUUUAAUUGAACAUUUGCGUGAACCAAGAGAAAACUUUAAUAAGUUAGUUGGAAACCCAGAUUUUUUAGAAUCUGUUAUCAAAAAUGGUGUGGAAGCUGCAUCUGAAAUUGCAGAAAAGAAUAUUCAAGAAAUUAAAAAAACAAUGGGAUUUUUGUAG